CAAACAAUUUUGCUAUUCGUGAACUUGCUAAGCAACUUACUUUUCUUUCAAUUAAUAUUAAUGUUGAGCUAUUUCAAAACCGCUGCUUGGCACAUAUUAUAAAUCUAAUUGUCCAGGAUGGUAUAAAAAAAAUUUCAAAUAUUAUUAAGAAGGUCCGUGAUUGUGUUAAAGCAAUUCACACCUCACCAAAGUGCCGUCAAGCUUUUGUUGAUGCUUGUGAUUAUGAGGUUAUUGAUAUAAUUAUACCUUCGCUUGAUUGUACAACACGUUGGAAUUCGACGUAUAAUAUGUUAAAUUCUGCAAUCAAAGUUAAACAAGCAUU